AUGUCCGGCCAACAACAGCCGCCGUCGGUGCCGCCGGUGCCGCCACAGCCGUUCCGGUUCUGGCUUCCUUACAGAAGCAAUGUGGGGUCGUGGCGCCAGCAGCCGCGGCCAAUGCCAGCCUCGACUCGACCUCAGCCACCAGGCCCACCGCCACCCCCACCAGCUCCGGCAGAGACUGCGCCACGAGCUCCGCUAACUCGCGACGCGGAGGAAGACAUUCCCAUCCAGGCUGACUCGUCCGAUGAAUCGGACACGAUUGCCGUUGAGGCCUUAGACUCGCUGCGGUCGCGAGGAGCCAGGCCGGCCGUGGCUGACCUGGAACUGACGCUCUCAAGGUCACCGCCCCCGGCCACGGGCACGAGCGGGGACGGUGGGCGCGGGGGCGACGACGCCAAGAUCACCAUCUCCGGCUUCCCGAGGGCGCGCCUCUUCGACGGUGCACGCGCGCCGUACCGACGGGAGAUCGAGGACGGGCUCAAGAGCCUCGCCGGCCGCGAGACGCCGCCGGCGCCAAGGCCGCCCGACCAGGGGUACCGCGUCAUCACGCUGGCCGGCCACAACGUCGGCGCGAGCAUGGUCCUCGGGAACGGACCCAGCGACGCGCCACCGCCGAGGACCGCUAACGAGCCGGAGGGGUCCUCCGCGAGGCCGUCGCCGUCGGUGGCCACGAACGUGAACAGCAACGUGCAGGGUGUGAACAACUCGACGAUGGAGGAGAGCACAUGCAACUCCGGCGACCCCGGGGUGCGCGUGGACAUCAAGAACGCGCACGAGAAGCCGGUGGUGGUGGCGCCAAGCAAGGAGCCGCAGGAGAAGCCGAAGGAGCCGGCGAGAACUGUGCCGCCGCAAGAGAAGAGCACGGCAGCAAGUGGCAGCGGGGCGGCCCCGGCGCCGCCGAGGAGGAAGCGGUGCCUUCGCGCUCUGAUGAUCGAGGAGCGGAAGCCGAAGCCGAUCGCCUGCCGGUUCCAGUGCGUGGCGGAUCAUGCGCCGGCCGCGGCGGCCGCGAACGACCCCGGCAGCAAGAGCGCGGAAGAAGGCGCGAAAGAGAGCACGAGGUGA